GCGAAGGCUAUUUCUCCCGGUCGUUAUUCGUAAGCCCCCUCUUCAAAUCUGCCCACUGUCGAGUGUCCUCUGCAACUUUCUUGUACUUCAUGGGAAGUUUCGAACAAUUUAAGGGAAGCGGUGCUGUUAUGGAUCAAAGUAUGGAGGAAAGUGGAGGUACUCAGCCCAGAGUUCAAUGGAAGCCAAUGGGGUAUGAAGAGAAGUCCGCGGCGGUUCAUGAAGAAAUGAAAAGAAUGAAUCGGCUUCCUGCGACUAGUACUUAUGUUACUCACCGCUUGCGGGUUCUUAAUAAAAUUCUUCAACUUUUGUCCAUUCAGAGAACUGCUUCACAGGAAGAGGAGUUGGAGUUGCUAUUUGCUGGGCUGUCUCUGUGAACUGGCUUGUCUAGGCAAUGGUUGAUUAACAUCCUGGCAAAAUGCCCAACCAAGGAUCUCUGUCUCUGGAUGAACGUGGCUCAAAUGUUGUAUAUUGUGUAAAGUAGAGGGAAUCUCUGAUAGUCUAAUGUCUAACACUUUUGUGGAUAUCUCUUGUAACCAUCUAAUGACGUGCUUUUUGUGUGGAUAUGUCUUGUUAAUUAUCUUAAAAAAAGAAAUGCUUUUUGGUAUGUUUGGUUAGAGAAGAGGCUUUCUUGCCUAGUUUUGUUACAUAAUCAUCUGGGCAAACCAGAAACCUGAUGUAUGUGUUAAAUACUAAUGAUAUCAGAAAUCUUUGGUUCUAGAUU